AUGGCAUGUGUUGAACAAGAAGAUAUUGCGCUUCUUGCUCAAAAGAUUGUUUCAGACCACAUGUUGUUUGUAUGCGCACAGAAUGCAUACGAUUUGUGGAAUUCAAAAAGUGAAGCCAACAAUAUUCACAUGAUUCAAACCCAAAGGCAUGCUUUGCAAAUAAGGAAGAAAGUAUUGCUAAUGGUGGAAAACAAGAAAACAAUUGAUGCAUUGGAUUUCUGUGGAAAAAUUAGGGCAUUUGAUAAUUGUGAUGAUAAACAAUUGUCUAUAAAGCAAUCACUAUCGUCAUUGGCAUUUUUAGAUCUUUUGCAAUCAGGAAAGCAUACAGAAGCCGUAAAGUUUGCUAGAAUGUCCAACUGCAUCAAUAAAAAACUACUCACACUGAUAGGAUAUAAAAGCACAAACGAUCCGAUGUUUCGCGAAAUAGCAGCUGCAAUCAAUAGAGGAGACGUUGUUAGAGAAAUAAAUAAGCAUCUUUUCAAGAAAGAAUCAGGAAGAGAAUCGUCUCUGCUUUCGCUUGCAAUUAACCACUACAGCUCAGUCGUAAACUACCAAAAGAAUAAAAACAUAUUUGAGUUGUAUUAUAACAUAAAGCUUACCAACAAAAUACUAGGCUGUUUUAUUUUCUGA